GAGACCAGGCACAAUUUACAGCGAUAUUGGACUCACCUAGUCGGACAAGGUCUGACGAACUAGGCACGGUUGCGGCAGCCACACUGUCCACGGACUUGAGCCUCCGAGGGUGUCAGCAAGGUCAAAGUCCGCCUCACUCCCGCCAAUCAUUCCCCGUCCAUGGCCCGAGAAACCUGAUCAUGGGGACACUCGAGUGGGUGAUUAACCUCCUGGCUCCUCCAAAUACUGCCCUCUCCCUCUCCUCGUGUUAGCUCAAGACAUGCAAUAAUGGGCUCGGCCUGGAGACCCUCGCCUGCGAAGAGAAGGACGUGCACAUGGGCUGCUGUGUGGGCCAUGGUUGGCACACCUAUUGGACUCCAAGUGGUCUACCUCCAGAGGGACCCGCAGCCAUGUCAACUGGUGGAGCAGUGACUCUCAUCGCUGGGGGGGUACAGUCGAAGCAUGCCCUUGCAGUGUGCUCCCACAUCGCCGCCGGCGCAAGGGCUGAUGAGACACAUGCCGAAUCAGGGCAAGAAGUCCACAAUCCGCUUGCAGCUAUACAUGCCAUGCCCUGUGACGGCCUAGGCAACCUGCGCAUAACAUGUCCACACCCACGGAUAUACGUCGGUAUCACACGGAAUGGACCUUUCCAGUCACUUUCGCUGGCAUUCCAUGCAGCACUUGGCCAGGCCUCUAAUGCACGUCGACGUCUCCGGAAAUGGAGGGACAGGAUUGACGCAAGUAUCAACGUAGGCAUUAGGGGGUUGAGUAAAGGAACAAAACAGGGCAAGAACAGUCGUGCAGAACUCUUCUAAUUCCACUCCCUAUAGGACCUGGACAUGAUCAUGUCAUCUACACUUACGGCCUUGACAACGAGAGAGUAGCAUUACAUGGUGCAUCGACGUGGGUAUAAUGCCUGUCUUUCGUCCAUGGCUCAAGGACCUACACCCACUAAACAGCGC